AAUGUCAACAUGUUGCGGCGGGGCGCUGGUGACAGGAGGGGAAAGGAAAUGCUGACGUAGCUAUCGUCAUCCUGAUUGCAGCAGCCAGACAGGGAUCCCUCAGACCACUAUCCUCUGUUCCCCUCCCAGGCUCCUCCUCUCUGUAUAACGGAGAAAACAGCUUUCCCUGGCGUCCCUCUGCCAGCGUUGCAGACGAGAUCACCGUUUUGGAUACAUCCCACGCGUUCCCUGUCCGGGAAUCUGAAAAUAAACAGAUGACAUUAUGGAUCAAUCUAUAGCAAUCCAAGACACACUGGAAGAAGGAGAGAACUGUGCUGUAGCGGUGCAAGCAGUGCUUAUUAACCCUCACAGCCAUGAAAGCAGACUGGUGGGACUGGUAGAGAGCAAGGAGACGGCAGCACUUUUCUUAUACAAGCACCGGAGAAUGGCAAUCUGUGCAGAUGAUGUGUCGCUGGAUGUAAUCGUCCCACUGGUAGAAGGACUUCUCAUUGAAGAAGUGACACCAUGUGAAACUUUCCAUGUCAUUGGGUCUGACGUCACAGUGAGGAUAAAGUCUCCAGAUAUUGAAUUACAAAUGCAGCUUCCGUUUGGUUCCCACACACAGGAAUUUUUACAGAAAGUCAGCCAGUCACUACAAGGAAAACUUCCAGGACUCCCGUCCCCUCAGUUUGUGUGGCUACGGAAGUAUUGGCAGAGAAGCCUCCCGAAUCUUAACAGCUUCUUCUUAAGCAGUGUGACUCAGACAGAUCAUGGUGAACAAAACCACGUCUCCAAAGAGCUCAGCAAAUCUGAGACAGAGCACAGUACUGAUCACAUCCAGCAGAAUGGACAGUGGCUGAAGUCUGCACAGACGCACGACCCCUCGCGGUCCCCUCUAUCUGUCUCCAGACACAAUAAAACUAAAUCUGAUAUCACUGACAUGGUGCGAUCGGCAGAUGUGAUCUCCGCUAACAAGGAGGAAAUGCUUCCCUUCCCAAAAUUUGGCCUGCGUGACAAUUUAAUUAAAUCAGAACUAUUGAAGAAAGAACCCACAUACACCUCAAUCAAAGAUUUCAGUUUUUUUGUUGGAACUUACAAUGUCAAUGGGCAGACACCAAAGGAAAGCUUACAGCCAUGGCUAAGUGCAGACCCUGAGCCACCUGAUGUGUAUUGUAUUGGAUUUCAAGAGCUUGAUCUAAGCAAGGAAGCGUUUUUUUUCAAUGAUACACCCAAGGAAGAAGAAUGGUUUAAAGCAGUUUCUGAUGCAUUACACCCCGGAGCCAGAUAUGCAAAGAUUAAGCUGAUCAGACUUGUUGGAAUAAUGCUACUACUGUAUGUUAAGAAGGAGUUGGCAGUUCAUGUCUCAGAGGUGGAAGCAGAAACUGUAGGCACAGGAAUCAUGGGACGGAUGGGUAACAAAGGAGGUGUGGCCGUGCGUUUCCGGUUCCAUAACACUAAUGUUUGUGUUGUCAACUCUCAUCUGGCUGCUCAUAUUGAAGAAUAUGAGAGGCGGAACCAGGACUUCAAAGACAUCUGCUCCAGGAUGCAGUUUCCACAGGUGGACCCGACACUUCCAACGCUGACCAUUCACAAACACGAUGUUGUGUUAUGGCUUGGAGAUCUGAAUUACAGGUUAAUGGACAUAGAGAAAGAUAAAGUUAAGAAGCUUAUUGAGACCAAAGACUACACAACACUCUACACAUAUGAUCAGUUGAAGCAGCAAAUUGAGGAAAAGACUGUUUUUGAUGGGUUUACAGAGGGUGAGAUAAAGUUUCAACCCACUUACAAGUACAAUACUGGUUCUGAUGAAUGGGACACAAGUGAGAAGUGUCGUGUUCCUGCCUGGUGUGACCGCAUACUCUGGAAAGGCAAACAUGUAACACAGCUGACUUACCAAAAUGUCAUGUGUCUAAAAACAAGUGACCAUAAACCAGUUGUCUCUCUUUUUAAAAUUGGGGUAAAAGUGGUUAAUGAAGAACUGCACAGAAAAACCUUUGAAGAAAUUGUCCGUUCUUUGGAUAAGAUGGAGAAUGACAGCAUUCCUUCCGCUACACUAUCACAGAGAGAGUUCCACUUCAAGGAUGUGAAGUACAUGCAGCUACAAGUCCGGACAUUCACCAUUCACAAUGACGGGCAAGUGGCAUGUCAGUUCCAGUUCAUAAGUAAGCUUGAUGAGCCUUCUUAUAGCAAGCUGUGGCUCCGGGCUAAUCCGAGCAAAGGAUUCCUCACACCAGGGUCAGAAACACAAGUCGAAUUGGAGAUGUUUGUCAAUAAUGAAACAGUUACUCAACUGAACUCUGGUGAGGAAAGACUAGAAGACAUUCUUAUUCUUCACCUGGACAGAGGGAAGGACUUCUUUCUCUCUGUGACUGGGAACUAUCUGCAUAGCUGCUUCGGGUCAUCCAUCCAGAUGUUGUGUUAUAUGAGAGAGCCCAUCAGGGACAUGUCUCCUGACACAAUCCGAAACCUGGCACACAUGCCCCUACAGAUGAAGGAUUCUUUUAUUGGUGCAGAGAAACCGUUUGAUAUACCAAAAGAGUUGUGGAUGAUGGUUGAUCAUUUACAUCGGAAUGCAUCCUUACAGGAAGAUUUGUUUCAGCAACCAGGGUUAAGAUCUGAAUUUGAAGCGAUCAGAGACUGUUUAGAUACUGGAAUUCCAGAAUCUCUUCCUGGCAGCAACCAUUCUGUUGUUGAAGCCUUACUGCUCUUCCUGGAGGGUCUCCCUGAGCCCGUCAUCUGUUACGACUAUUAUGACCGAUGCUUGGACUGUGCCGGAGAUUAUAACAGCAGUGAAGAGAUUAUUUCAAUGUUACCUUUGCAUCACAAGAACGUCUUUAAUUAUUUGGUCUCCUUCUUGGGGGAGCUGUUAAGUAAUUCCAUGCAGAACCACUUGGAUAUUAACAUUUUAGCAAGCAUAUUUGGAAAUCUUUUACUCCGACCUCCACCUGAUCACUCCAAACCCAGCAACUUGGACAAGAGAAAGUGCCAGGAAUUUGUUCAGCAGUUCCUCCUACAGGCAGAAAGUUCUUAGUGUCGGGAUAAACUGUAAAUAAGAACAUACAGGAAGCAGAACAUUUUCCCAAUAUCUAUAGGAUUACUUGACACAAUGACAGAUGCAGCUGUGCCUUAUGGGACCUAAGUAUUUAAGUCUUAGGGACGCAAUGACUACUAUGUAAGCCUCCAAGUGCCUGUGUCAGACAUUCCUUUUUUCUGCUGAAAAAUACCUUAAAUGGAUCUCCAUAUAAAUUGUGUAAUUACAUCA